CAGACAAUGGAGGUAGGCACACCCAAAUGGCGGCAUUAUUUCAGUAUGAGUAAAUUAGAACAAUUCCCAAAUGGCGGUAUUUUCUUUUAUGACCAUAAGUUUCGGAGUUAUUUCAGUAUGAGUAAAUUAGAACAAUUCCCAAAUGGCGGCUGAAAACUCUCUCUCGCAAGAAUUGUAUUUUCUCCAUGGAUGCACAAGUACUAGGACGGCUUUCCUCUUCUUUUUCCCUGCAAUUCAGAUCGAAACAAGUUCUUUUUCCCGUCUCCGGCGACCCAAUUUCUCCUCGCAGAAGAAACUGCCCUUUCUCCAUUAAGGCUGAGAUUCGAAGUGGUAGCAACCGCAGCGGGAAAGAGUUCGACUACGCCGCAUACGAGGCAGAACGGCUGAGGCUCGACGCGGCGGCGCGUCAGUCUAUGGCGGAGACCUCCGAGAGAGAAACCCGAAACGAGAGCGACCCGAAGGCGUGGAAAUGGGCUAUCCGGAAACGGAUAUGGGACUUGAUGGAAGCUCUGAACGUUGCCCAGUUCCCCAGACCCGUUCAUCAUCGGAUACCCAAUUUUGUCGGCGCUUCUGUUGCGGCUAAAAAGGUGAGUGAAUUGGAUGUGUUCAAAGCGGCUAAUUGUGUGAAAGUGAACCCAGAUACACCACAGAAACAAGUGAGGUUUCUCACACUUAAUGGAAGGAAGAUACUAUUAACUCCACAGCCUCGUCUUAGGACUGGAUUUUUUUCCUUACUCGAACCUUCUCAGGCGUUAUUGAGUCCUGAUACUCUCAAAGAGGCUUGCACCUCUGCAGGUGUGGCUAAAUAUGGAAAGCCGAUUGGACUGGAUGAGAAGAUUAGAGUCGAUAUAAUUGUUAUUGGUUCUGUUGCUGUUGAUCCAACCACUGGUGCUCGACUUGGCAAGGGAGAGGGGUUUGCUGAGCUUGAAUAUGGCAUGCUACGUUACAUGGGUGCAAUUGAUGACUCGACACCUAUCGUCACGUCUGUACAUGACAAGCAAUUGGUUGGCGAUAUUCCUGUCGAAAAGCUAUUGAUCCAUGAUGUUCCAGUUGACAUCAUAUGCACUCCAACCCAAGUCAUAUUCACAAAUACAACCAUCCCAAAGCCUCAAGGGAUUUAUUGGGAGGAGCUGUCUCCUGAAAAGCUCAGUCAAAUCCUAAUACUAAGAGAGCUGAAGAGCAGAAUAGAACAAGAGACGGGACAAAAGCUUCCAUGUGGUCCUUCCGAGAAGCUCCCCCCAACUGCUCGCCGAGGGAGACACUGAUGUCCCCUUGCUGCUUGUUUGGAGUAACUUUUUUCCGUACUACUAUAUUUUGUGGAGUUAUUGCUGCAGUGAGCAAAAGGUUGUGGAAGAAAUUAUAGUCAUGAGUUCAUUCCAAUUAUUCUCUUAAUGAAGCAAAGUUUUGACAAGUUCACUAAUGACAUUGGGGUAAAUUUACGGUCAUUCCUUGCAUAUAUAAUUUACCUUACUGUAUGAUAUGGUAACUCUAUUUUAACUCACUAUAUGAAGAAGUACUCCCUCCGUCCCUGAAUUAUAUUCAAACUUUCCUUUUUCAUCCGUCCCAAAAUUAUCUCCUCCUUCCUUUUUUGACAAAGAAUUUGUGGUUCACAAUCAUUCUUACACAUUCUUACACAUUUCUCUCUCCUCUGCACAACUCUCCACCACACAAAACCCACUAUCUUAAUUACUGUGCCCAGCCGAAAUGGGAGAAAAAACAGGGACGGAGGGAGUAUGAUUUCACCAGAAAUGGGUGAGCCAAGGCAUUGGUUGCCUUCCCCCUCCUAUACACGCACAUCAUAUUCCUUUGAUACUAUAGUGGUUAUAACCUUAAUGGACGACUUGAUACUAUUAACUCAUUGAAAGACAUGUGUCAAUGGGAAACUAUAAUCGCCCGAAAUCGAUUACAUGCUUCGGACUAAAUCCACCAAGAGAAUGUGUGACUUUUAUUUGGAAUGUCUACACCCCUCCUAAACUCCUUCCCACUUGGUUCAUCAUCAUUUCAUCAUUUUCAUUUACCCCAGUGCCGCAAAGGCUCCCACCUACGGUGGGGUAAGGGGGGGGGGGGUCGGAUGUACGCAGUCUUACCCCUGUACUAAAGCACAGAGAGACUGUUUCCGGAUGACCCAUAGUGAAAAUCGCGUCCAAGAUUGCAUGGACUGACUGUUGCUCCAUAACAAAGAAGCGCAGACAAUUUAAGCCAUUUUGCUUUAUUCCAUCAUAAUCUCAAGCCAAAAAAUAAUGAAUCUUUGGCUCCAUUGCAAAUGAUGGAAAAUCCUUCCCACUUGGUUGGCCCUUAUAAAUAGGCUUGUCAGUUUUGAUAAUCUUGACUAUCUAAAUUUGGAUAACACUUGUAUCUUUUGCAGAGUGGGCCAAAAAUGGUUACACACAUUUUUUUCUUUGUCCUUUUAGUAGUAGGGUCUGGAGUGAAGUCUAGGAUAAGCUUGGUAUUGGUAGAAGCAUUACAACUUUACAAGACCUGCUAGCUUGAUAUACUGGAUUAAGAAGUUAUGCAAUGGAGCUUUAAUCAAGUCAGAGGUUAUUAGGAUUGCGUUUUCCUGCAUGAUGUACCGGAUCUUGAGGAAUAUGAAUGCGACUCGCCACGACGAAAAAAAUUGGACAUAAUCGCCAAAGUCAUGAGCAUGAUCUAUAAAAUUUGUAGAGCCUUUUCCCCCAGAGUUGAUUCCUUUCUGAUUUUUGUUAAACUUUUGGUCCCUAAACCCUUUUAUUUUGGAGCAAUUGUAGCUGGCUUUUAUGAGCUAUAGCUACUUCAUGAUGGGGUCUCCUCACUGGGGCUUUUUUGUAAACUCUAUAUGUUUCUUUGAAUGUUAAUAAACGUUUCCGUUUCAU